GAGGACUCGGCUAAUAGAAAACCACGGUGUUUAGAAAGCAGACGCAGACGGGUCAAUACCUAGUGUUUGAUUCCUACUAUACGAUGUGUAUUCAUAACAAUGUUUGACAGACGUUUGACAGAGACUUUUUAAUUCCCUCCACGUGAAGACCCCAAAAUGGCAGACGAGGUUAUGUCCCCUGAGGACAAGGACAACGACAACAGAAGGGAAUUAGACAUACGGGAAUCUUUUAAAGGCAUUGAAGCAAUUCUCACGAAAGUGUAUGAGAGUUCCACAGGGGCAACAACCAAUGACAUCAACACUUCGAUCGAAAAACUGAAGAAACUGAAGAAUGAUGUCGUAGAGCGGCUGCGUACCCUAAGACGAAGAGCAACACAGAACUACCAGGUAGUGAAAACCACUGACCUGCCUCCACCCGUUGGGAGUCCCUGGGAUCCGGCAGCUUUGGGCAGGUGUUUCGGGCUGUGUACAUGGGUUCUACCGUGGCUGUCAAAGUCAUGAAACCUAAUGACAGCCCAGAUAGUCAGUGGACAGCUGAAGAGUUCAUACUUAGGGGACUGAGCCACAGUAACAUUGUGGCAUUCCGUGGCAUUGGUACCCUCGAGGACAGUCCUGCCGUCAGUAAAAUCGUACCGGCUAACCUCUUGGGUUGUCGUUUUAUCGUCAUGGAAUACAUUCCCGAAAACCUGGAGCGUUAUGUCAAGCAGCAAGCUGUGGAUUCUUUCAAAGGUUUGUCUUCGAUCCAUGUCUGGGAUAUCGGCAGUCAGAUUAUCAGCGCCCUCUGUUAUCUCCACUCGCUGUCUAUCGCUCACAGAGACAUCAAACCGGACAAUAUUCUGGUAACUCAUGGGCUGGUUGUGAAACUGGCUGAUUUUGGCCUGGCUGUGAACACCAAGACAUCUGAUCGGACUCUUCACUCCACAGACAGCUCCGGGCGAGUGAACGAGCGAUGGGGUGCUCCGGAAUUGCUGACAAUGACCGAGUAUUCACCGGAUGUCGACUACUUCAAGGCUGACAUAUUCAGCUUUGCCUAUGUCUUGGCCUACGCCCUGACGGGAGAGAAACCAUUCUCAAGCCGCGAAACGGAGUCCCUGGGUAACUCCUCUGUGAUUUUUAAUCUCAGACACGCGAACCUAGAGGGCGUCUUAGAGAAUGGCCCACUCAGGCAGUCCAUUCUUGCUUGUCAAAAUCUCGUCCCGUCCGAUAGGCCAACAAGCGCCGAGGUCAUGGCCAAGUAUUUCACAGGGCGAAACCCUUACAAAGACAUUUCUCUGGAGAGCAAAUUUUUCUCCUGUGGAAUUCUGGAAAAUACCUUCAUCUUUGUGGCUGAUUCACUCAUUGGGGAGAGGACUCAUCUACCGGACUCGGUAGAUGGCGUCACUCCUCCAGGCUACGAUCACAAUUCUCUGCUGUGUAAAGUGGAGACAACUGAUGCCCCUUAUCGGAAUGUACCGGAGAAGUGGACGGAACAGCGUCGGGAACUGUACGAAGAUUACUACGAUGGCUUUGUGAAAAUGGCUGAUAAGAAAGAGAUAGAUGAUAACCCGGCAAUAGCUCUUCGCCAGCUAACUCUUGCCAGGCCCUACACCAGCAGGAAACCCCUGCGACCCGGAGACAUGGAUACUGAAGAAGAACAGGUCAUAGAGUUGGGGUUCAUGGAGACCACUUAUUGUCAUCAUCGCGCGAUGAGAGACGUCUGGCGUGGAUUGGACGAGAAUGAGCGAGCGAAGGAGGUGCCCAGUUUAAGCGUUGUCCAUCCGGAGUUUAGUACAUCCUUUGGUCUCCAUCUAGCUGUCCUCACAAACGAGGGGCCAGACAAGCCUCCAAUGUUUAUAUUCUGUCAACGAAACACAGCCAAAGGCAUGGCCUCACCGGGUUUGAUCACGUGUGGAGCCGUGGAGAGUGUAUCUGCCGUGGACUACACUCCCGAGAUCGAAGGUGAUGAGGGCACGACGUAUCGAAAAGUGUCAUUGGUCAACACCGCCGUGCGUGGCCUCUGGGAAGAACUUGGGGUAGAGCUGACGGGCGACGACACUAAGGCUGUAACACUCAGUACGAUUUACCUCAAGUUUGACAACCACGAAUGGGGGAUGUGCGGCUUCGUGGAUCUGAGAGACAAGCGGAUUCAAGAAGACCACAGAAUCAACUGUAAAGCUCUCAUCGAUACAUUCACCAGCGGGCCCAAAGACAAAUUCGAGCACCAUUCAAUACACCCUGUGAAGUUUGAGCUAGAAACCAUGGCUGAUUUCGUGCAGGAUUAUUCGAAGUAUUUUGCCAGUUCCGCCAAGCUGGUUGUAGUGAAAGUUUUGCAGGCAUAUUUCGGUGUUAGUCAGGUGGAAAAGGAGUUCACUAAGAGGCGCAUCGCUAGCGAUGUCGACGCGCAGUAACCGUCCUUACGUCAUUUUUUUUGGAACGAACGAACUCACUCUAAUCCUGACAUCAUUCUUAAAUGACGAGCACCUUAUGUCCAAUGACGUACUUCUCGAGGUAGGGUUAUACAGAAUGGAAUAACCCUCAAGCCCUUAAUCGCUUAGCUAUAAUCUUUGGAGCUUUAAUAUUAUAUGUUAUCUUUUCUCUCGAUGAUACUUUACAAUAUCUUUGUUUUAACAACGUUGUUAUAUUGUCUGUCCUAAGCGAUAUGUGUAUAUGUCUGGCAGAUUUAUUUGACAUAGUAUAUACGAUAUUUGUAGGAGCAUACCACUGGUUAAUGUGUAAAUCUAGAACUCCUGUACUUGGUCCUAACUGUGAUAUAUCUUUCCAUAGAUAAAUGAAAAAAAAACCUUCUUUAAACAUCAUUUCUAAGGAUAGCCUUAUAUGUAUAACAAUGUAAUAUUUAUCAGUAAGUAAAGUACAUCUUUUGUAUUUUAA